UGGCCCCAAAAACCUAAAACUAAAACCCUGAAAAUCUAAAACCCAACGACAACGAGGGAGGUCUUACUCUGUUGCAGAAGAGGCAUUAAUGGAAGAUUAAGGAGAAACCACUAAUUCACUGCCAAUCCCUUUUCGCUUAACGAUAUCAAUGUUGGCUGCCAGGAAUCUCCAUAGGCAUACCUUCAAAAACCUUUGCCCUCUUCUCCAUUCCGCUUCUUCAAAAAGUGAUUUGCUGUGUAGAGAAGUUGCUACCAAAUUAGUUUCAAGUAAUUUCGUUCAACCAAGUAAAGCUAGAGAAGAUGGGUUAUUCUCUUCUCCUUGUACAAUGCUGGAUCCUUUCCACACAUGGUGCCGGUCCAUAUCGACCCCUAGAGGAAGAAGCAUGCGAAGCAAGGUGGAGCAGAGGAUGAAAAAGGAGAGCGGUAAAACUUUGAGGGAGGUUAGAAGAGCCAAAAAAAUUCAAAAGAAGCUCAUGACUGAAAGUGAGAGGCACGUUUACAACCUUAAAAGGGCCAAGAGGAAAGUAGCAUUGCUCUUACAAAAGUUAAAGAAAUAUGAGCUUCCAGACCUGCCACCCCCUCGACAUGAUCCUGAGCUAUUUACACCUGAACAACUUCAGGCAUUCAAAAAGAUUGGGUUCAAAAAUAAAAAUUAUGUUCCUGUUGGUGUUCGUGGAGUCUUUGGAGGAGUUGUUCAAAAUAUGCAUUUACACUGGAAGUUUCAUGAGACCGUACAAGUUUGUUGUGAUAACUUUCCCAAAGAAAGAAUCAAGGAAAUGGCAACAAUGCUUGCCCGACUAAGUGGUGGAAUUGUGAUAAACAUACAUAAUGUCAAAACAAUUAUCAUGUUCCGUGGUAGGAAUUAUCGUCAACCGAAGAAUUUGAUACCUAUCAAUACCCUCACAAAGAGAAAGGCAUUAUUCAAGGCCAGAUUUGAGCAGGCUCUUGAAUCUCAGAAGCUAAACAUAAAGAAGAUUGAGCAACAACUUCGCCGGAGUGGUAUAAAUCCCGAGGAUCCUGUUGCAACUGCCAGCAUCCAGAGAGUAGCUUCUUCAUUUUUUAAUGCAAUUGAUAAGAAGGAAGGAACCCCAUAUGUUUUCCAAGAGGAUAAAUUAUCACUAGAAGAUAGUAAUAAUUUUGAAUCGUCGGAACCUUCUGAUGAAAAGGAACAGGAGGAGUUAGAUAAAUUCAUAGCUGAGAUAGAAGAUGCAGCAGAACGAGAGUGGGCUGCUGAGGAAGCAGCAGAAAAAGAAGACUUUGGUAGACUUAAAUAUUGGAACAGAGAGGAAUUUGGUGGGAGAUUCAGAAGAGCUGAAACAUUUAGAGGCGAUAGCUCUUAUGAUGAGAACAGAGGGGAUAGGAAUUGGAAGGAUACACGUGGCAAACACAGGACUUCUGAAAGUGAUGAUGAAGAUGAUGAUGCUUCUGAUGCUGAUAAUAAAUGGCGAUCUCGGAAUUCUAGAGGUGCUAGUCCUACUCCUGUUGAUAGUGACAUUGACGAGUCCGAUGAAAGUGAAGAGAGUUUCAAACCACAUAGAGGUGACGGAAGAAGGCAGGAAAGGAUUAGCAGGCCCAGAAAUAAUGAAGGGUACAAAAGAAAUGCUCCCAUGAACUUUAGAAAGAGUAUGCCUGAAGAGGAUUCAGAUGAAGAGAACGUGCUUAGCGAUCUUGAAACUGCAAUGCAGCAAUCAGAUGCUGAUGAAAAACAUGGCUCGAGCACAGCAAGAGCAACGAAUUAUAAUUAUAGGAGUGACAGCGAUGAAGAAGAGAACUCCUAUAACCGAAAGGAAGAGAAUGGUAGAAGAAUGACUUACAGGAGAAGUAGUGAUGAUUCUGAUGAAUGUAAUAGACUUGAGGCACCAAGAGUAGUAAAGGGUACUCGAAGAAUGACUUACGAAAGCAGUGCUGAUGAUUCUGAUGAAUGUAAUAGGCUUGAGGCACCGAAAGUAGCAAAGGGUAGAAGAAGAAUGAAUUAUGAGAGCAGUGAUGAUGAUUCUGAUGAAUGCAAUAGACUUGAGGCACCCAAAGUAGUAAAGGGUAGACGAAUAACUUAUGAGAGCAGUGCCGACGAGUCUGAUGAAAAUGGUAGUAGGUUCAAGGUACCAAGAGCAGUGAAAGGUAGGCAAAACAGAGCUGGCAGCACUGGUAAUAAUGAAGAUCCACUAACAAGUACCGCAGCAGCAUCUAGUCAUUCAGAAAUUGCUUGGCUAGAAGAAGACGACACAGAAGCAUUAGGGGGCGGAAAAUUAAAUUACUGGAGCAGUGGUGAUGAAGAGGAGUACCAAGUCAAAAGUGAUUACAAGGAAAAGACUGAUACAAGGAAAUCAAAAUCAGCAAAAGAGAUGGAUGAAACUUGGGAUAGUGAUUAAUUAAGUAGGCUAUCAUUAUCAUAAGAUACUUGAGGUUGAGGAAGCCCUUCAUAGGACUUUGCCUUUGGACGUUCAUGAACAUGUGAUUAUUACUAAUAGUAAGAUUCAGCACAUUAACUUGGAUGAAAAGUUGGUGGUACAUUCAUGGAUGUGGAAGAUUGAAGAGAGUUUAUAAACUGAGCUGGUUUUCAUAUUUUUGAGAAGCUUAUAAACUACAUUUCUCUAAUAGAAUGAACACAAAUUUUGUACUUUAUCGAUUUUUUUGGUGUAUUGGAAAAAUGAAUGAAGAUGAACAGAUG